GUGAAUUUAAUUGUGUGGGUCAAAUCCGCGAUCGCGUCCUGUCCAUAGUCGCUAACCUUUGCCCCCAUAGAAAGUCUUUAAGGCUUUUCCGAGCGAGUGGCAUGUCAUUUGAAGCUAGGUAAUGGUAAAAUGGGUGUGAGAACUUUGUGUCAUGGUCUCGCAGCGGUUCAUUUCUGGUUCGGUUGCUAUUACGACUGGAAUUAUGUUCAAAUCCCGACAGAGGUCCACCGCAUGGGGGACUCGUUCGGUAAAAGCGGAAAAUUGAAGUUUUUAACCUACUGGGACGCGCUCCUCCAAGCCCUCUUCUUCACCAUCUGUGUCAUCAAUGACCUUGUGGGGACCAACGAGGAGGCCCCCAAGAAAGCGCCACUCAUCCGGAGAGUCAAAGACUUGAUUUUGCCCUGUUUGGCGUUUCCGUUGUCAAUGUUUGUAGGCCUGACUUUCUGGGGGAUUUACUUCGUCGACCGCGAGCUGAUUUUCCCGCGGGCGCUGGACCAGUUCUUCCCCGCGUGGCUCAACCACGUCAUGCACACCAACAUAAUGAUUUUCAUCCUAAUCGAACUGUUCACAUCUUAUAGGAAGUACCCAGCUAGGAAAGUUGGGCUCACGAUUUUGAGUCUGUUCAUGUUGGUUUACUUGGUGUGGAUUCACAUCAUUCAUGCCUAUUCGGGGAUGUGGGUGUACCCCAUUCUGGAGGUCCUGAACCUGCCGCUGAGGAUCGUGUUUUUCAUAGGCUUGUUGGGCUUGUCUGUGAGCCUGUAUAUUGUGGGUGAAAAGUUGAACGGGAUUGUGUGGAGCCAGAAGAAGCACAGUUUGAAGAAGCGUUCAAAUUAGGCGAUAAUUUAGCGUAGUUGAAGUGCAUUUAUAUAAAUUGUGAUAGUCUGCACUGUUGGGUUUUUAUGUGAUUUUGUAAAUCGUGGCUUAAUUUAUAUCGUGAGUGGUCAUACACUUUAAAAAAUUCAAUUGUGUUAGAUUGUGCCUGAGGAAAUUUGGCAAUAAAUUCCUUUCUAAUAUUUUAAUAAAUUCCAUUAAAUGUAGUAAACUAGGAAACAAUAAAGCUAGUAAUAGUAAA